AAAAAAAUCUGUAGAAUAUCAGCAAUAAAAGGAGGAAUGAAUAAUAACUCAAAUUUUUUAUUAAAAUGCUUUCCCAAAUUUUUUACAGUUUUACCGUUAUUAUUAUUACUAAUUUUGUUACUUGGCGAUGAUCCCAUUUCUAUACAAAUUGGAUUCGUAGGCAAAGUAGAUGCCCUUCCACCAAGUGAAAUCUGCGAUAAUUGUCAAAAAGUUAUUUUCUAUGCUUUUCAACAUUAUCGUCAAUCAAGUACCAAACGUCUACUUAAACAUUGGAUAAAGCAUUUAUGUAAUCGUUAUUUUGAGUACCGACGCCGUUGUCAUUCCAAAUUGGUGCAUAAUUUUCGCGAAAUUUGGAGUGAUAUGGAAAGCAUUCUUGAUACAAGUCAACGACAGAGACUUAGGCACUAUAAUGAAGUUGAUACAAAAUUUAAGCCAUACAAGACAUGCGAAAAAUUGAAGGAAUGUGGAAAAGAACAAUCGCCUAUUGACUGGACAAAAGGAAAACAAAUUUCUGUAGAAAAUGAAUCGUGGACAGAAAUAACUCCCAAACAAAAUAGCGAUGAAGUUUAAAUGUUUUUAAAAUUAAACGUUAUUUAUGUAAAUAUGUAUUUAUUUAAUUAAUAAAAUACAGGGUUUCAGGAAUACUAUAUAUAGUAUAAGCUAUAAUAAACUUUAUAAUAAAACACUUAUCUCCGGAAAUAAUAUAACUAACAACGAAAUACAUGC